AUGAACGGACAGCUUCCCCAUAUAGAAAGCAUCGACAAUAAUGCAGUUCAUGGCCCCUACCGAGACAUAAUUAGAAGUGAAUUAAAAAAUUGACUCCACCAAGCCAUGAUGAUAGGAAUCGCGCUUAUACUUUUGGUCAUAAAAACCGGGUCUUCUGAGCCUCUCGAAAUUUCACUGAUUCCUUUAUUUCUCUAUGAUUUUUAUGAAAUCGGUCUCAUUUCAAAAUCCCUUAAGAAAGCAAACUCCACAAUACCUCAAAAAUUUUAUAUACUUAUAUAUUUUUAAUUUAAAUUUUUGCAGAUAUUCCUUAUAUUAACAAUUUUUUACUCUAAAUUCACUCCUCAAUAGGAUAUUAGAGAAAUAAUUGCACAGCAAGGCAAUAUACUUUUCAAAACCCUCUUAAUUUUUAGCAUUGAAUUCUCCAACUUUAAUAUCGCUCUUGCAGGGAUUCCUCUAUAUGUUUCAAAUGCCAUUUCUCUAUUUUUCAGGACUGAUUCUAAAAUAGAAAUAACUAAAAUAUGGCUCGCUCGAAUUUUUAGGUCUCCGAUCGAAAAUUCAUCUCGUGCAUAUUUUAACUAUGGGACUUGGUUUCCCGUUAUGAAAUUAUCUCAGCUAUCUAGGAAAGUAGAGUCGGGUGGUUUUCCUACCGGACUCCUGACCUCAGGAAUGGAAUUUUCUAGAAGGGUGUCACUUAUCCCGGGCGAUGGAGACUGGGACCCUUAGGGUGCCAUUGGGACCCAAGUAAGUAUCUGAGCACAAAGAAGAGUCGUCAAAGUCCAAACUUCAAUACUGGUCCUCUUUUGAUGAUCAAAAUCAGAGGUGGCCACACCUAUGGCAGAGCAGAGGAAAAUGGUGCGAAAUUGACCUAGAGCGGUGUUGGAGGCAGCUUGGUCGAGCAACUUGGUAGAGGACGUUAAAGGUUUAUAAUUGAUUAAAAUUAAGAUUCUAAAAUAGAAAGCCUGAAUUUGUCAUAUUCUUUGAAAUUUUGCAGUCGAUGGAUUUUCUCGAUUGCAUUUUUACUUUUCAGCUUAAAACUUAACGAUAUCAUAGGCUGAAACUGGCAUUUCGUGUUUUGGCCUAUUUAUGCAGCCGAUCUGAUAUUGAUUGUCAUUACUCUUGGGAUGAUUUUUUUAAACGUGACUAUUUUUUACAAAACUAUCACAGGAAAAGCCUCAUGCCUUGAUUUAAUUUGCCCAUUCUGGCUUCUCUUAACUGCUUUAGGAUCUGGGGCGUCUUUAUUUUUGAAUUUUUAUCUAUUAGCCGACGUCCUUGAAUACGACGACAUAAGUGAGCUAGCCCCAGGGCUCGGUCUUGGAAUUUUUUAUAUCAUGUCUUUUGUGAUCUAUACUUUUCUCUUUUUCGAAUACCUCGUAAAAUGGUUCGACAUGUUUUUUAAUUCUCGAUAUAUAGAAGUCCCAGUCAACCAUACCAGCUUUGAGCAGCUUCAAAGGCAGCUUGGCUUUACUAAUAGAAUUGCUAUACUAUUUAAAGACCCUCCAAAAUUCCUCAAAAGAAUUUCCAGCACCUUUUAUAAGCCUACUUCAGAAGCCGAGUCAAAAAGCUACAAAAGGACAACAAGCCAAAUAAUAAAUGCUGAUAAAGAAGAAGGGUUUGAACUAAAAUUUAACUCACUCCCCUCCCCUCCGUGAAUGAACAAAAAAAUCUUGUUUGCUCACGGAGAGGGGUUAAUUUUUUUUAAAAAAAAUUUAUAUAUAUAAUUUUACAGAAAUUUGUUUUUUCGAUACUUAAAAAAUCUUAAUUCACAAAAAAAAUUAGAAAGCAAAUAUUAAUUUAAUUUGUAAAUUUAUGUUUUAAAAUGUGAUUUGUUUAACAUUAAACAUAUUAGCUCUAGAUUUCAUUAUACUAAUCAUCACUUAUAUAUCAAAAUUUUUUUCCCAUAAAACAUUUUUGUUCGCUCACGGAGGGUGGGUAUUUGGACAAAAAAAUAGGGAUUUUUCUAAUGGUUUUGUUCACUCACAGAGGGGGGAGUCAGUAAUUGUUGACAAUUCAGAAGCUGAAGCAAGCAUUAAUAAUGCAGAAAAACUUUGUAUUAUUUGUUGCGUAAAUAAGGCAAAUGCAGUUAUUAUGCAAUGUGGGCAUGCUGGAAUUUGUUUUUCUUGUGGGAGCGAAUUGGUGAAAAAUGAAAGCAAGUGUAUGAUAUGCAGAAAUUUAAUAGAGCAAGUGCUAGAAAUAAAGGAAAGCGAGAAUAAUGAAAGUGUGGUGAGUGUAGUAAAUGUAGCGCCGAGCCCACCAGAAGAAGUAAAAGAAGAUUAA